UUGUUAGGGUGUGUCAUUCUCUGUUUAGUACAAGAGGGUAUCGAAAGUCGAAGAGGUUAUUAAACUCCCGGACCAGAGGAUAAAUACAUGUUCUGCUGUUCACACGGUACAGGACCAUGGCAUCAACGCGGAAACUUUCUUUCUUGUUAUUAUUCGGUUUUCUGUGUUCAACAAGUUCAACAAAUGCUAUUCAGGGAAGAGGAUUUAUUGGUGUUGUGGACCCGAAGGAUUCCGGUCUCGUUCAAGUAGACGAGGCGACGGCCGACGCCCUCAAGAGCGGCCUGACCACCAUCUUCCUCCCCAUCGUCUACAUCGUGGUGUUUGUCGUGGGCCUGCCCGCCAACCUUAUGGCUCUCUGGGUCUUCCUCUUCCGGACCAAGGUGAAGCACCCGGCGGCCAUCUACAUGGCCAACCUGGCCCUGUCGGACGUCCUCUUCGUCAUCUGGACUCCCCUGAAGAUCGCGUACCACAUCAACGGCAACGACUGGAUCUACGGCGAGGGUCUGUGCAAAGUCCUGAUCGGCUUCUUCUACGGGAACAUGUACUGUUCCAUCCUCUUCAUCGCCUGCCUCAGCGUGCAGAGGUACUGGGGCGUGGCUCACCCCUUGUCCCACCAGAGGAAGAACAACACCAUCGCCGUGGCCGUCUCCGUGACGAUCUGGGCGUUCGUCUGGCUCACCACCACCCCCCUCUACCUCUACGACCACACGGCCAAACUCAAAGACCCCAACAUCACCACGUGCCACGACGUCAACGUCAUCCGCGACCUGAACGACGCCUUCCAGGACGUCAAGUACCCCUUCUACUACUUCAUCCUGAUGGCCGUCCUGGCCUUCCUGCUUCCCUGCCUGGUCAUCGUGGUGGCCUACAUCCUCCUCCUCCGCGUCCUGUCCGACUCCAUGGACGACGACGGCAGCAGCAGCGGCAAGAAGCGGCAGCGGGCGCUGGUGCUCAUCGCGACGGUGCUCGUCACCUUCCUGGUGUGCUUCGUGCCCAGCAACGUCAUGCUGGUGGUGCACUACUCCCUGCUGAAGGACGGCGUGGUGAACAACGGCUACGCCUUCUACAUCACCACCCUGUGCCUGGCCAGCCUUAACAGCUGCCUGGACCCCUUCAUCUACUACUACGUGUCGGAGGACUUCCGGGAGCACGUGAAGAACACGCUGAAGUGCCGGAGUCAGAGGACGGUGGAGAGGAUGACCGUGUCCUUCAACUCCAUGAAGUACUCCAAGAAGAGCAAAGCCUACGUGUCGGAGUCGGGGACCACGCAGAGCAGCUCCUGCUGAUGGUCGGAGGAGGACCUUGGGACAUGGGUGGGGGGGGGGGGGCGAAGCGUCUCUGAGGCUGGGAUGCACCGGAUUCGAUGCGAGUGCCUUUGGGUCGUGGAGGGAGGGCGCCUUUUGGAUGGUGAAGGGGGGCGUGGACACGCAUCGCGGAUGACCUCCGCGGUCUGAAGUGGGUCCCGGUCACUGACGACAUCUAACGCACACAGAGGGAUUGUGUUACUAACUUGUAAUGCAGCAAAGAGUUUUAGACUGACGUUUUUAGUAGGCCACUUUUGAACUGAGGGCUGUUGAGCCGCCUGAAGAAUAGAAAGUUACCUUAGUCUUCAUGACAUGUGGCUGUUUUCUGGAGUAAUUGUGAAGUGAAGAAGACAAACAUGUCAGUUAGCGUGUACGUAAAUGAGAACAUUCACACGAUUUAUAGGGAAGCAUUUUGUCAGUUGUUUCAUCACCAGCAGCUGAGGAAGACUGACGCAACCCAGUCAUGUGACUUCAACGGUGGAAAUGGUCAAGGGUCAAGUUCAAAUAUUUAAGCACUGAGCAGUAAAAUACCAAACACUUAAUAUGAAUGUAUCAGAUCUCUGAUGAUGGCCUUUAAGAGUAAGAAGUCAGUGGGACUGUCAAUAUGAAUUCAGUCCUCAAAAUUAAUAGAAAAACUGGUCAAAAUGAGUUGCUUUACUUUGUUUAAUGUCAGUUAUGACAGUUCGCAGGGACUGUAUCCAUGUACCCUUUCCCACAGCUUUGACUGCAGUAUCAAUACGACUGUCUAUGUUCUUUUUAUACUGUGAUAUUUGAAUGCAACGAAAUGUGUCUAAUGCUUUUUAGGAGGAUUCUUUAAUAAAAACAUGUUUUCUUUUUUAAAUCGA